AUGCGCGGAUGUUGGGGAGAAGUCGGUGAGACUAUCUUUGCCCUCAUCGUCAUCAACAAGGCCGGAGGUUUAGUUUACAACAAAAACUUCCACGAAGGCCUUCAAACAAUCAGCACGAAUGAUUAUUUAGUUCUCGCAGGAACAUUUCAUGGCGUUCAUGCCAUUACAUCUCGUCUCAAUCCUGUCAAGAACCUACCAGGUGCAACACCGCCAGGAAACAGACCCGAGCCAUCAUCAGGCUUAGAGGUUCUUGAGACAGAAAACUUCCGCAUGCAGUGCUUCAACACAAUGACAGGAACAAAGUUCCUUCUCUUCACCGAUACAACACAAGCAAAUGUCGAUGUCACUAUCCGCAGGAUCUAUGACCUCUAUGCAGACUACGUCAUGAAGAACCCCUUCUAUUCUCUUGAAAUGCCUAUCCGGUGUGAUAUUUUUGACCGGAAACUACUUUCGUACAUCCGGGAGAUCAAUAAUCGAUAG